AUGUUUAACUAUCAACCUCUAUCAUCUAAUGAUACUUAUGGUUUUCGUACUCAGUAUAACGAAUAUCAGCAUAUUAGUAAUCUUAAGGCUGGAUCAAUAGUUAAUAUAAUUGGAAUAAUUGCAUCAUUUAAAGAUGCUAGGAAAUCUAGAGGCACUGAUUUUACAAACAGUUGUAUUAUAUUUGAUAAAUCUUGUACUGCCCCAGGAUCAGGACUACUAAUCAACUUUUUUAAACCUUUAGAGAAUUCUCUUCCAUUAUUUAAUGAUAAUACAGCAGUUAUUUUACUACGAAACCUUAGAGUAAAUCCAUACAAUCUUAAUGUACAAGGUGUUAGUAGGAUUGAUACGGAAUGGAUACUUUUUAAUAAAAAGGGCAAUAUACAAAGUAAAUCCAAUAGUAAUGUUUCUUUAUUACAUGAAGAGGAAUUAUUUGUAAGAGAUUUAUGUAUUUGGUGGAAAAACAAAGAUGGAUCAGCUCCUGAUAUUAUUUCUAAGAAAAAGCUUACUCUUAUUUGUGAUAUAGUUCCAAACUCUUUUUAUGAAAUUAUUGGUGAGAUUAUAAAAACUUUUCCUAUUAAUUCAAAUGGGUAUACGAUUUAUUUAACUGAUUAUACGUCUAACUCUCUACUACAUCAUUACCAAUGGGGAAAAGUUUCAAAAUGGAAUGGUCCAUACGGAAAAAUGACACUUCAAUGUUCUUUAUGGGAUAGCACAGCAGCGUUUGCAAGAAAUAAGCUUCAUGAAGGUGAAAUUGUUCAAAUAUCUAAUUUACUUGGACGAUUAAACCGUGAUGGUAUACUAGAGGGUGUUGUUCAUGGUGAUAAACACUAUCCGGAUAAGGUUUUUAUAACAAAAAUUUCAAGAGAUGAAAUCUAUGUUAAAGAGCUUAUAAUUCGCAAAUCUUUAUAUAAAAGUAAUUUUUUAAUAAAUAAAGAAAUUCAGGAGAAAAAUUCAAAAGGUUAUGAACAUGAAAAAAAAAAUGCAAUACUUACAUCAUCUGUUAACAUGAAUUUAAAUAUUACAUGUGCUUAUCAGCAUAUACCAAUUACCUUAAUAGGUGACAUAUUAUCUUUUUUAAGUCCUAAACCAUUAUUUGUCCCACAAAAAUUUCGUAUAAGAGCACGUGUUAUUGAUUUUCUUCCAGUAGAUUUAAAAGACUUUGCCCGUCCCUUUUGUAAAUCUUGUCAGGAAACAUAUAUUGCAAAAUGUUGUUGUUAUACUAGUUAUCCUCCUGAUGAAGCAUUCAUAUGGCAAUUUGCCUUUUUACUUGAAGGCCAAGAUUGUGCGUGUAUACCUGUUAUAUUUUUUGGAGAUGAUGCACAAAUACUUUUGAAUGAUGAUUCCAUUAUGCCUACUAACUUAAGAAAAGAUAAGAAGACUUUUAAUUUAUUAAAGCAAAGACUUUCUAUAAUAUAUGGAAAUUUGGAAGAAGCAUUUUCUUCUGAACAACAUAAUCGUAUACAAACACCUUGGUUUGAACUCUGCAUUAUGGAAUAUAUUGUACGGAAGACUAAAACUGAUAAGGGACAAAGACGAUGGAGAGCAUUUGGAAUAAAAUUAUUAUGA